GGUUCGGGCAAUGGAAAAGUAUGCACGAAUGAGACAGUUAUAGUUUGUUUAUUUUUUAUCUUGUGUAUAUGUACAAUCAAUGUGACAAUUGGUGUGGAGGUACGUACACGCGUAGAAUGAAUUUGUGUAACUUGUAGGUUGGACAGGUAAAUUAACGACGGCAAAUUAGAUGCUAAUAUACUCGUGACACACCUAUUCUAAAAAUUUUUUUAUAAAUAAAAUAGCCUACGCUUUUAAUCGGCAGUUUUGGAUAUCCCUAAAAAUAUCGUUCGAACGUUCGGUUUUUUGGCGCUUAAAAAUUAUACCUGUGCGGAAUAAAUCGCACCAAUAGUUAUAGUGACAUUAGUUACAAAUUUGUGUAUAAAUAACUAUUCACGUCAUACCUUUUAAUGGGUGGCCAGAUUUAUUUGAUAAUAUGGAUUCCAAGACAUCUUUAUUAGUAAAUUCAAAAAAUGAGCUGUACUGACCAUUAUCAAGAUAUUUUAAAAUACUUAGAAGAAUCUCAGAAUGAAAUUGCAAAAGUCUUUGAGGUUCCCUGUAAAACCGAAACUAUCAAGAAGUACGAAAAAAAGGAGAAAGAAGAAACAAUAAAAGUCGAUACCGACAUUAGGAUUUUAAUGAAAUUAAACGAAAAAAUAGAAUCAGAUGUAACCGAAUUGCUAGCAAAAAACGAAUUGAGUAGAAACACUCGAUACAACGAUACUAUUUUUAAUAACCUAAAUGGCAAUGGAAAGGAUCGUAAUUGUAAAGAUAAAUAUAGUAAUCAAGUUAUUCCUCAAGUCGGUUCAUCGAAAAAUCACUUGCUUAUCGAAAAUCAUCGUAUAUGCAAUGACGUCAGCACCCAAACAUCACCAAACUCACUUUCUCCCAGUUAUACGAAUCUCACAUGGGCCUCAGAUUAUUCCUCAUCGCCAUGUCUCACUUCGGGUUCUGAAUCAGAUAACGAAGUAUUUGAAGAUGUGAGUAGUCUCACCCCGUCCCCUUUACAAAGACCAACGUUUGUGAAAAAUGUUGAAAGAAAACAAAUACUAGGCUCAAAAUUUUCCUCCACGCCAGUUUUGAAAACUAAAUAUGAUAAGGUGAAUAAGCAGUGUCGUUCCCAGUCCGACCGACAUCUAGCUGAAAUCGAAGCCGCCGAAGCGUGUAAAUGGCUGCGAGCGACUGGAUUUCCUCAAUAUGCCCAAUUUUAUGAAGAAAACCGGUUUCCAAUAGACAUUUCUACAGUUUCUCAAGAUCAUCCCUUACUCGAACCAGACGUUUUGCAUUCUCUUUUUAGAAGGUUACAAAUUUUAAAUAGUUGUGCACAUUUGCACCAGCAAAAACAAGUUGUAAAUACCGAUGAUUCUGAAGAAGAUGAGUGCUGUGCUUUAUCAGAUAACUGGACAUAUCAAAGUGAUAUCAAACGAUGGUCUAGAACUAGUUACCAACCACCUAUUCAACAUUCUAGUGAUAACGUCCCAAAGGAAUCUUCAAUUGUAAAUAGUGAAAUAGUGAAUAAAAAUCUAGUACUUCCAAAUAAACCAGUGGCUGUUCAAAAAGAACCGUUACUAAAAAGGGGAAGCAUAAAAUACCGGCAACGUAGAGAAGGGAUCGUAGUAUGCGAGAAAAAUAAUUUACUAGAUAAACUUACACAGUUACAAGGAUUGAAAGUAUCCGAUUUGAGACACAAUUCAGAUUCGGAGGCGACACCUAGAACGUCAAGACGUUCUAGAACUCUAUCGCUGGACAAAACAGAUACUUGGUCCACCACUAAUAUAAAAAUCAACAGAAUAAUUUGGAAUGAUGGACCUUGCCGUGAUGUAGAUUUGCCAGACAAAGAUGUUGAAUUUGAAAUAGAAGGACCAUAUUUAUAUUCAUUAUGUGCCUCUCAAUUGCAAGUACUUCGUAAGUUAGCUCUGUUGAAGUUGACAGCUCACAUGGAAAAAUACUGCCCCGCACAUAGAACCGGAUGGAACUGGGAUUUACCCAAAUUUUUAAAGAAAAAUAAAUCACCGCUGUACAGAGACAGAAACAUAUUCGGUGUUCCAUUAGCAGUAACGUUUCAAAGAUCUGGAAGGUUUUUGCCUCGUCAAAUCGAAGAAGCCAUGCAGUGGCUUCAAGAAAAUGCCUCAGAUCAAGUAGGUAUAUUUAGGAAAUCUGGAGUUAAAUCGAGGAUCCAAAUGUUAAGGAACAAAAUUGAAUAUAACUCAAUGAUAGAUUACAGUGAAGAGCAGUGUUACGACGUAGCUGACAUGUUGAAACAAUAUUUUCGUGAAUUACCUGAAACUUUACUUACCGGAAAACUUUCUGAAACAUUCGUUUUAAUUUUUCAAUAUAUUCCUGGAUUUUUACGCAUGGAAUCUGUCACGUGUGCACUGUUGUUGAUGCCUGAGGAGCACGUGCAAGUUCUUCAAGCCCUAUUACAUUUUUUAUUGAAUAUAUCUAGUAGGUCAGACUUAAAUCAAAUGAAUGAAUAUAAUCUGGCAAUGUGUUUAGCACCCACGCUAUUCCAUUCUGCGUCUCUUUCCAAGCCUCUACAAUGUGGUGGAGUACCACAUCCAAAGGAAUUGGCAGAAAAUAAAGCAGCACAAGAAUGUUUGAUGUUUUUCCUCAAAUAUUUCCAGAAUAUAUUCAAGAUACCAAGAGAUUUCAUAAAUCAGUGCAAUUCUAGUGAUAUGAAAGAAAUAAAACCAAAACUAUUGACAGAUAUAGGUGAUGAUAUAGGAGGUUGGAGAGAGUACUUGAACGAAUGUCAAAGUAACCUAUUAAAAGAGACGAAAGAGAAAUCGCGGGGCUGGGUGCAAAUACCCCCACCUUGUCCUAAUUCAAAAAUACUAAUGUUUUAUAAAAAAGUGGCUGAUGGAUUACCGCUAAGAUUAUGGAAGAUUUCCGCAGAAAUAGAAGCACCACCAUCAGAAGUCACGCAUAGAAUUCUAAGAGAACGGCAUAUGUGGGAUUCUGAUUUAGUUUCAGCUAAAAUAAUUGCGCAACUAGAUAACCAAACUGAAAUAUUUCAGUACGUCAGGAAAAGUAUAGUACCUGUACCCAAUGAAGAAUACUGCGUUAUAAGAACAUGGAAGUCAAAAUUACCAAAAGACUCUUGUACUAUCGUAGAAACUUCCGUUGAGUACCCCGGGACAAUUCAACUACCUAAUACCAUUAGAGGCAUUGUAUUGGCUUCUAGGUAUCUUGUAGAACCUUGUGGAUCGGGAAAAUCAAGAGUUAUCCAUUUUUCCAGGGUAGACACCAUGGGAAGAAGUCCAGAUUGGUACCACAAAAACUAUGGAUAUUUAUGUGCAGUUUUUAUCAAGCAUUUACAAAGUUCAUUUUACCAAAAUACAAAUGGUCCAGAAAGCCAAGUAUAAAUACCAAAGAUUCUUAGCUAAUUUAUUGUUUUUACAUCACAUGACAAAGUCGCAAUUUAUAUUUUUAUAGCAAAAUUUAUAAUAGUUCACUCUAUACAUUAUAUAUAUAUAUAUAUAUUUUUAUAGAUCGUAAAUAAAUAUGUACAGGGUGUCUCUUGGACAACAUUUAUUAUACAAUUUAGGAAGACAAAUUCUCUUCCAUUUUGUUAUCCAUUACUUAGAAAAAGUAGAUUUGUGACAAAAUAUUGUAUUAUUUUUUUUUUAAAUAAAUGGAUUGUCUAUUUUGUAUUAUACAAUGUUUCUAAA